AUGAUAACAUUCCUGGAUGACAUCCUUGGAGUGGAACUCAAACCGCACGGCAAUCGAUCACUGUCAGCCAAGAGCUUCGCACUGCUUGGUCUUUUGGCAAGUUAUGAGAACGAAACCAAAGAAGCCAAGCGGCUCGUCUACCCAACGUUACCCCACACCCCUUCUCCACAAGCGGCGAAGCCAAGAGUCCAUGCCACGCCAAAGACGUCGGUGUGCCCGUACGCAGGAAGACUAUGGAGUCAACAUCCUAAGCUGCAGCAAUCAUCAACGAUUCUGCGGACGUGGGCUCAUCAGCAGGUACCUAUCUUGGGGUCACUCGACGUCGACGUGCAAUUCAAGAACGUGAAGGCUCGACAGUCGAUUCUAAUAGCACUUGGUGGACCUUGUUUGCUGGGGCGUUCAUGGUUCACGCAUUUAGGCAUUCAGGUCCAGGUAGCUCACGCCGUCAUCGACAAGAGAGGGGAAUGGUUGAGCAACCCAGUGUUUCGUAAAGGACAGGGGAAGCUUACAGGAACACCAGUUUCUGUUGACAUCGAAAAGGAGGCAACGAUAGUGUUCAAGAAAUAUCGUCCAAUUCCGUUCGCAAUGAGGGACAAAGUGGUCACUGCCAUACAGAAGAUGGUCUCUGAAGGAGUACUGGAGCCUAUAGCAUUUUCGAGGUGGACGACACGGAUAUUUCCCGUGCACAAGCGUGGCAGUACUUUGCGGAUAUGUGUAGACUGCAGGUGUAUUGUGAACACCGUCAGUCAACCAAACAAGUACACGUUACGGACGGCGACGGAGAUGUUUGCCAUCUUGGCAAAUGGCCCGGUUUUCGGCAAGCUCGACCUCCCACAGGUGUAUUUGCAGAUGCCAGUUGAUGAAGAGUCGUCGAAGCUCUUGACGCUGAACACAGCGUCUUCCAUGACACACAUACCUUCCAUGAACUGGUUCAACAUCAGCGCCGCAGGGAUACGUCCAUGCACCGACAACGUGAAGGCCAUUCACGACGCAGGAGAACCGAGGGACAAGAAAGAGCUUCAAGCUUUCCUUGGCCUAGUUAACUUUUACGAGCGUUUAAAGGCGAACAAAGCAACACUUCCGGAGUCCUUACACCAACUGCUGGACAAGAAUGCCAACUAG